AUGAAUCUUAAGAAAAUCAGCCCCCUGUUACUCCUCGGAGUUGCAGAGGCAUACAAUUACAAUUUCGAUUCAUCAAUCAUUCGGGCAGUUAGUAAGGAAAGGAGGCCAGGCAUUGAAGGUGGUAAUGCUGCAUUCGAUUCAGGGGGUGAGGGCACGGGACUUUUCCAAUCCCCACCCUACAACAGCAAACAGCUCGACCGCACGAACUGGGUCGCCACUUGCGAUAAUGCGCAACCUGGUAAUGAAUGUUCUAAGGCAAUUGAUGGCGACAACAGCACCUACUGGCACAGCGGCAACAACUCCCCAUUGCCGCACAGUAUCACGAUCAACCUUGGCAUAGUGCAGAAAGUGAGCGGCCUUGCAGUCUGGCCACGAAAGAUUGAAGAUGGUUGGAUUGUAGCACAUGAUGUUUACCUGAGUUCCGACGGGAACAACUGGGGGCAGCCUGUCGCUCAUGGGACAUGGUGGCCUGAUUCCACCGUGAAGAUGGCUAUCUUCGAGCCUCAGGAAGUGCAGUACGUCCGAGUCGUUGCACUUUCAUCAGCAGCCGCAGACAACGCAAUCAGUAUUGCCGAUCUGCAGAUCUGGUCCGCCCAAAGCAUUCCUACCGCACCAGAGGGUAAGGCCCUAAAUGAAGUUGGAGCUUGGGGCCCAACCAUCGACUUCCCUAUCGUGCCCGCGUCCGCUGCAGUUGAGCCUAGUUCAGGGAAAGUCCUCGUCUGGUCCUCAUAUCGGAAGAACCAGUACGGAGGGACAUCCGGCGGCUUGACUCAGACCGCUACAUGGAAUCCGAAUACUGGUGAGGUCACGCAGCGUGAGGUUUCCGAUACUGAGCAUGAUAUGUUUUGUUCUGGCAUUUCAAUGGAUAUGAACGGGCGGAUUAUUGUCACGGGUGGAAAUGAUGACACUAUGACCAGCAUUUACGAUUCCUUUGCCGACACCUGGCAUGGGGCGGCAAUGAUGAAUAUCGCACGUGGUUAUCAGGCGUCAACCACACUUUCGGAUGGAAAUAUGUUUGUGAUCGGGGGUUCCUGGAAUGGUCCGCAGCUCAGGAAGAAGAACAGCGAAGUCUAUAAUGUAGUUGGAGGCACCUGGACCGAACUUACCAACGCCAGCUCAAGCUAUAUGCUGACCGAUGAUAACCUCGGCGCUUACCACCAGGACAACCAUGGCUGGAUAUUUGGCUGGAAGAAUCUCUCUAUCUUUCAAGCAGGUCCAAGUCGUGCAAUGCACUGGUACUCUGCCCACGGUCAAGGAAGUGUGACAGACGCAGGGAAACGAAGCACGAAUAAUGACCAGAUGUGUGGCAAUGCGGUUAUGUUUGAUGCAGCCAAGGGAAAGAUCCUCACAUUUGGAGGGUCUCCUAAUUACGAGGAUUCCACGGCUACAAACAAUGCAUCUCUCAUUACUAUCGGUGAUCCUAAUACCAUGCCAGAGGUUGUCAAAGCUGGUGAAAACAUGCACUAUAGCCGCACUUUCCAUACAUCAGUUGUCUUACCUGAUGGAAGCGUCUUUAUCACUGGUGGCCAGGCACAUGGGCUCCCAUUCAAUGAAGACACUGCACAAUUGACACCGGAGCGUUAUAUUCCAGCAGAGAACAAGUUUAUCAAGCACUUUCCUAACAAUAUCAUCCGAGUGUACCAUAGCUGGUCUCUCCUGCUUCCAGACGCUACAGUGAUCAACGGUGGUGGCGGGCUCUGUGCCAACUGCUCAGCCAACCAUUAUAACGCACAGAUCUUCAAACCUCCAUAUUUAUUCGACCAGAACGGAGGGUUGACUUCGCGCCCGGUAAUUCAGAGUGCCACGCCUAAUGCUAGAUAUGGCGCCCAAAUUACACUCGUGGUCGAUUCGCCCAUCUCUGGUGCCUCUUUGAUUCGUUAUGGCUCCACUACACACACUGUGAACACUGAUCAGCGUCGAAUAGAGCUAGAGCUCCAACCCGCUGGCGCCAAUACGUACACUGCAGUUAUUCCGAAUGAUCCUGGUAUUGCGCUUCCUGGCUACUAUAUGCUGUUUGCUCUGGGUCAAAAUGGAGUUCCUAGCGUUUCAAAGAAUGUCCAGCUUACGGUGUAG